UCAUGAGACAGAACAAAGCCGGGUUGCUGCUGCUGUCGCUGGGCUGAAAACACCGACGUCUCCCUCCUGAAAAGCAGUGUGUUAGUUGAAUUUUUUUAAAUAAAGAAAUCAUGACCAACAAAACGACUCCUCUGCUCUUCAGGGCGCUGCUGGAGAUGUCUGAAGCCCACUCCUCAAAGGCUGUGCGAGGAAACAGUAAAAGAGCCAACAUCAGAUACUUGUGGGGCUCCUGUGGAGCCCUGGCAGUGAGAAGGGCCAGCCUGCCCCUUUGCCCCGCCAUCCCCGUCAGCACGCCCAGCCGCAGCUUCAUCAACCUGGCUGCUCCCAUCAGCGCACGCAGGAUGGAGUACACCGAGUGCCGGACAUUAGGGUUUACUCCAGAGCAGAUGUACAGCGUGGUGGCCAGUGUAGAUCAGUACCAGAACUUUGUUCCCUGGUGCAAGAAGUCUCGGGUCACGAAGGGACGUAAUGGCGACGUCUUAGCGGACCUGGAAAUAGGUUUCCCUCCCAUCGUGGAGCGCUACACCUCUGAAGUCACUGUCGUCCCGAACCACCAAGUCAGGGCCGUGUGUACGGAUGGAUCCCUCUUCAGUCAUCUUGAAACACUAUGGAGGUUUGCCCCUGGAGCCAAAGCCCAACCAGGCUCCUGCAAAGUGGAUUUCUAUGUGUCAUUUGAGUUCAGGUCCCUCUUGCACUCUCAGCUGGCCAGCGUGUUCUUCGACGAAGUGGUCAAACAGAUGGUCAACGCCUUCGAGUCAAGAGCAGCUACGCUUUACAGGAACCAGCAGGAGGCGCCACUGAGGAGGCGGUCCACAUGAUUCGACGCCUUUGAGCUCCCUGUACAUCCAUUUUAACCUGCUAUCAACACUUGUCUUAAAUAGGAGGCUGGAUCUUCUUUUUGCACUCACUCAUAUCUUCUACUUGAGUUGACUUGCACAUUGAAAAUACUUAACUAUUUAUUUAUAAGUCACAAGCUAAUUUAUGGACUUUGUUGUACAUAUUUAUUUACUUUAGGGAUAGGAAUGAAUGCAUUGUUUGAAAUGAUUUCUUUGUGAAUUUGUGGGUUAAAGUACAGACCGCUGGAACAUCUAAGAGUAGAGUAUAGAGUUUUUUUCUCGUUCAGCACUUUUUUUUGUCAAUGGGAAUUAAAAAAAAAUCUUAUUUUGGUAAA